UAAACAAACGAUGAUAAUCCCUCAUCGUUGUUACGAAAGAUUUCGCCGAAGCGGUGACGGUAGAAAGAGGGAAUGGUUCGAGGAAAAAUCGGCUGCCAAUCAAGAGGAGUAUUUUAGGAAGGUAACGGCCAGACAAUUGAAGGAGAUACGCGAGCUUAGCAUCAAGAGGAAAGCCGAGUGUGAAGCCGAGUGUAAAGAGAAGUGCGACAAGAGGUGUAAAGAGGCGUGUAAAGAUCAUGACGAAAAGGUGGCGUCUGCGCCUGCGCCGAAGCAUAAAAAGGCAAGCGAUGCUAUAAAGUGUAAUCCGCAUGAUGACUCGGCAUGCAGUCCCAAUCCUAGUGAGGCAGGAUCGAACGAUGCUCCUAUCGAUAGUAGUUGAAUAACCUCGCCGAAAAAUCCAGUGAUUCCGAAUGGUUGGCCAGCCUUAUCGCGGGAAAUCCGUGAGAUAGGAGGGUCCUGCCAACAGAGGGAAAAAAAAACAUUGUAAAAAUUAAUCUAUGCGACGAGAAAAUAAAUAGGGAAAUUUUUAACAUUUGUCUAUCUAUAAAAGACGAAACAUUGAUGAUGUAUAAUUUAGAAGUAAAUAUUUCUCUAUACGCUAUAAAUGUGCGACAAACGCG